AUGCUUGACUUAAGGAUUCAUUGUAUCGUUCGAACAAUUGAUAACCUUGCAAAUAACACGAAACUCCCGUAUCACCCAGGCCCAUUCAUUGCACUCAUUGAUGCCAGUCCUGCGAAAACAGUAAAAGAAGAUAAGACAGCCCACCGUGACCCCACAGAUAUCAAAGUUCCCGCCAUAGCCUCAAACAUCCAGUCUAUCGAAUCAUAUCGUCGAGCCACAGACAUUGUGAACAGAAUCCAGGGUGAAAAAAAUCAAUCAUCUGCACUUGGAGACCCCGGGUGGGUUGCUCACGGGGAGAAAAAGAACAAAGGCGCCUCAUAA